AUGUGCCUUUGUUGUCUUCUCACCUGGUCAGUCUUCCUCUUGGCUUCCACACAUGCUGCCUGCUUUCACUCCAGUAACGACGCCGAUGCCACAAGGCUGGCGGAAGAGCUGACCUGGGCUGUCCGUCUGGACCCCUCUCAAGGCUCUGGACGGAGAGAGGAGUUGGAUGCCCUCGCCAAUGAACUUUCGGACGCUGCAGGGCUUGAAAACCGAGGAGUUGUUGGAGAAUUAAAAGACCAUUACCUGUUUGUACAUAUAGGUGAUGCACAUUGUCAUGACGAAGUUCGUCAGACAGUUCAUGACCUUUUCACACAACAUGACAGCGUGAGAUGGUUCUCAGAACAAAAACUACUGAAGAGAUCCAAAAGGAGCUUGCACUUUAAUGAUCCUAAAUUUCCUUUACAGUGGCAUUUGAACAAUACUCGUUACCCUGGAAUGGACAUUAAUAUUACUGGUGUGUGGGAAAGAAAUGUUACUGGCCAUGGAGUCACUGUGGUGGUUGUUGAUGAUGGUGUCCAAUACACAAACCAGGACAUUCAGUCAAAUUAUAGUCCGGAAGGUAGCUAUGACCUCAACUCCAAUGAUCCAGACCCAAUGCCUCAUCCUGACAAAUUUAGUGACAACCAUCACGGAACCCGCUGUGCAGGGGAAAUUGCAGCAGUGCCCAACAAUAAUUUCUGUGCAGUUGGUGUGGCCUAUGGAAGCAAAAUUGCAGGAAUCAGAGUUCUCGACGGCCCUCUCACCGACAGCAUGGAGGCAAUUGCUUUCAACAAACACUAUCAGAUCAAUGAUAUCUACAGUUGCAGCUGGGGCCCUGAUGAUGAUGGGAAGACUGUUGAUGGACCUCAUCAGCUGGGAAAGGCUGCCCUGCAGCACGGAGUCAUUGCUGGACGGAAAGGAUUUGGAAGCAUUUUUGUAGUGGCCAGUGGUAAUGGAGGCCAAUACAAUGACAACUGUAAUUAUGAUGGAUAUGCCAACUCUAUUUAUACUGUCACUAUAGGUGCUGUUAAUGAAGCUGGUAAAAUGCCUUUCUAUGCAGAAGAGUGUGCUUCAAUGUUGGCAGUGACCUUUAGCAGUGGGGACAGACAGAUGAGGAGUAUUGUGACUUCAGACUGGGACCUGCAGAAAGGCACAGGUUGCACAGAAGGCCACACAGGAACUUCUGCAGCAGCUCCUAUUGCUGCAGGAAUGAUCGCUUUGAUGCUGCAGGUCCGACCUUGCCUGACAUGGAGAGAUAUCCAGCAUAUAAUCGUAUUUACUGCAACAAAGGUACAGUAA